AUGCCUUGUUCAUCUCCUCCCUCUCCACCUUGGCUUGGUCUCCACUCAGUCUUUUUCAUUGGACUGCUGCUUCUGGUCCUUCGGGGGCCCUCAGAGGUCAGUUGCCAGAAUGACACAGAGCCAAUCGUGUUGGAGGGAAAGUGUCUGGUGGUGUGCGACUCCACCCCCUCUGCCGAACCAUCGGGUAAUGCCCUGGGAAUGUCGGUGAGGUCAGGAACCGGCCGGGUGGCAUUUUCAGCCAUCCGUAACACCAACCAUGAACCCUCUGAGAUGAGCAACCGCACCAUGACCAUCUACUUUGACCAGAUCCUAGUAAACGUUGGCAGCCAUUUUGAUCCAGCGAGGAGUAUCUUCGUGGCCCCGAGAAAAGGAGUCUACAGUUUCAGCUUUCAUGUUGUUAAAGUUUACAACCGGCAGACAAUACAAGUGAGCUUGGUUCUCAACGGCUGGCCAGUGAUUUCAGCCUUCGCAGGUGAUCAGGACGUGACCAGGGAAGCUGCCACCAACGCCGGGCUGGUGAUGAUGGAGAGAGGGGACAAGGCUUACCUCAAACUGGAGCGGGGGAACCUGAUGGGAGGGUGGAAGUAUUCCACUUUCUCCGGGUUUCUGGUGUUCCCCUUGUAGACUAGGUUGACACAGGAGGAAAAUCAUGUUCUUGUCAUUGUCAGGGGUAUAAAAUAA